AUUACUUCAUAGUUUUAUUCGGAAAAAAACAUGGCAUCAUAUAUACCCACUGAUUUGACAAGAAUAUGUAAAGACGUGAAUGAGGGGAAAAGCCACAAAAAAUUAAGUAAAUUUGUUCACUAUGAAGAGCAGAAUUACCAAGGUGUCACCCCAUCGCAGAAUCAACCAGCUCCAACGACAGAAAACGAGACAUUGAUAUGUAGACCAUGCCCUGCAUCCUCGAAGUCAGAAAAAACAGAAGAUUAUCUUCCAGAAAGUAGAACUCAACAGGUUGUUGCUCCAGUUCCCCAGAAGAAGAAAGAGAAAUCAAAGGAAAAAAAGGAUCAAACUUCUCCUUCUCCGAAAGCCAAGGAGAAAAGGCUUGUAUCCUAUGAUAGGACAGAACCAGAGGAUGACAAUGUGAUUAGACAUAUCCUCAGGCUGAGAAGAAAGCUUGGGUGGCAGACAAAAUUACCGCACUGUAAGUUGGAUUACGGGAAUCCCGAAACUACAGUUCAGAAGAUUACUGUAAAGAAACCUUUGGAAGAUGAUGGCGAGUUUGUAUAUUGCCUUCCUCGGAAAGACCCUAACAUCUUUUGUAAUCCAUACAAUCUUCAGGUGGUCUCUGCCCACAGAGCUAGAAAUUGCAAAGAAUUUUGGACUGUUACUGCUUCAUUCGUUACAAAGGUUACCAAAAUAGGUGUCGUGGAAGAUGUAGAACUCAUACCUACUCUGGAAUGGCUAAUAGAAAGGAGAUGUUUCUACGUAUUACAAAAAUUCAAGAUCGUUUCUAAUUUUCGAAUGAAUAAAGCAUUUGUUACUUGGAAAUUGACUGUUAAAAGAAUUAAGACAGACAGAAGCAGGUCGUUUUUGUACUGCCAUCUUUUCUGGGCUGAUGAGUUAUUUCAAAGCUCCUUGCUUUACAUAAAGAGACUUUGUGAAGAUGCUUUUAAUCGCAGAAAUGAUGACGGAUGUGAAGAUAAUUCAUCUGCCAUGUGCCUUGUAAAGCUGGAUACGUCUCGGACAUACUCUCUGGAUGAAUUUUGUGAGGAACAGUUACAGCAAGCUUCCCGCACAUUCAAACGACUUGAGGAUAUCAGGGAUAAAGCCAUUGCAGAAAUGAAAAGGACACUUUUAAAGGUGGCAGAAAAGGAAGAAAUUAGAGAAUUUUUUGAAUCAAGCUGCUCUAAAAAUGCCAGAUCGCAUUUCAAGCUGCCUGUAUAUCGACGUUUAUUAAAAAAAUUUUUGAGGUUUUUCAUGCUGGUUGACUACAUAUUUCAGGAGCUCAUCCGCCAGCUGAUGAACACUGCAGUCACCCUGCUUUUGGAAUUAUUUCAUAGUUCUGCUAGAAUGCCAUUUACAGCGGAAAAAAGGAAUGAAAACCUAAUCAAAACAUACAAGGAUAUCUUUGCUCUUACUGGAAAGAUAACAAAUGAUUAUGAAGAACUUGUUAUUAAUUCAAACUUAUAUGCUACUUCUGUUCCAAAGUCGGACUUAAAAGCAGAAGCUGAUAUUAAUGAGAUUUUCAAUUCCAUUAAAUUGGACAAGGACGUGACAAAAUACGCACCGGUAUUUGAAGUCAGUCUACACCUGAGAAUUCCUUCUGAGAGCGAUUCUUCGAGCAGCUCCAGGGAGAGCUUCCAGGAAUCCGAGCAGUUCUCUGAGAAAUCCUUGCUGUCCCAGGAGGAGGAAAUAUCGGAAAGUGAAGUCAGCAGCGUCAAACCCUCCAACUAUGAGCUCCUAAUGAUGCAGCAGAAACCCAAGACUUUGAACCUUGUAGAAAUCCUUUCAGGUGAGAUGAAUGAGGCGGAUAUAGAAGCCAUGGAUGAUUUUGAUAAUAAAACCGAGAACGAUGAAUUUUUAGAAUUCCCUACGAAUCUCUCAAUUGCUCCCAACAGACGGGACUUUUCGAUAAAAAUUCAGAAUAUGCUGGCCGAUCUUGAGAAAUGCAUAACCCAAAUUAUUCCUCUUGACCAAGAUCCCCGCCUGUCUGAUUUUACUGAUCCGGAGUUAUUGAAUGUGACACAAAGUGGGGCAGACUCUAAGGAGCAAGCCAGAUGGCCAGAUUGUCAGAUCCUGUUUGAAAUGGACCCUACCUACCAAAAUAAAAUCGUGUGUCUCCUGACCAUCCUUGGCAACUCGAUGAACCUGGUGAAUGGUUACAGCCGCAGGUUCAUAAAAUACUGCGUGAUGGUGGAGAGGGCCAAAGUCACGAGUAUGAAAAUAGCCACGAUGGAAGAACUGACUUCCGCAGAGUUCAGAACCAUCCUCGGCAAGUUCCUCAACUACCUCAGAGAUGUGGUCAGUAUGGUCACCCAGAAGCGCAUCGGCAUCUUCAACGUGGUCAGCGCCGACUACCAGUCGGAAUGCCUGCCGCACAUGGAGGACAUCCUGCAGACCAGCCAGGACCUCCUGCGGUCCGUCAUCGAAAACAAGAACACGAAUCUACUGGAAGUUAUAGACUCAUCGUUGAAAAGACUGGAGUGCCAUCCCAUUGAAAUAGAAGAAUUUGUGGAACAUUUCACUUUUCUGGAUGCAAUUUCCUCCAGAAUACCUAACCUAGAGAAAGAGUACUCAACCAUUGCUCAACUGUAUUCUGUUCUGAGUUAUUACCAGGUCUAUAUUUCAGAAGAGCAAGUCGCCACCUAUAAAGUCCUUAUCAUCAAGUUCACUCAACUCAAAAGUGCUGUGAAGCUGAGCAAACUGAACAAGGACUCUGCCAUUGGCAAGUUCAGAGACAACCUAGAAGCCUACGUCACCGGCCUGCGGACCGACGCCAGUCACUUAAAGGCCAAGGUGAGGACGCCUGUUCUGUUGCACAUGGGGACCCCGGCGUCCACCGCGAUGGAAAUGGUCCAGGCCUUCUCCCAGGAAGCCGCCACCCUGGCCAACAAGGUCCAGAUCUGUGCCAACUACCAGGAGUCGAUCAGCGAGGCCCAGUCGCACCUGCACCCCCUGAACAUGGAGGAGCUCACCCAGGCGGUGGCGGCCGAGAUCUCCGACAUCGACUACGAGCUGACCUUGAGGAAGAUCCUGUGGGAGGCGCAGGAGGAGUGGAGAGCGCUCUUCCAGGAGUGGAGGGCCAGCACCCUUCACGACAUUGACAUAGAGUCGGUGCAGAGCAACGUGUCCAAGUGGCUGAGCCUGAUCUUGGUCCUGGAAAAAGACCUACCCCAGAACAACAUGGUCACCUACCUGAAGCAGUCGGUGACCAGCUUUAAGCAAGAGCUGCCCAUCAUCAUCGCCCUGGGGAACCCGUGUCUCAAGCCACGGCACUGGGAGGCUUUCCAGGAGAUCAUUGGGAAGUCCAUCACUCUGGAUAGAAACUGUACCAUAGAGAGCCUUCUCGUGCUCAAGAUGUGUCAGUAUGAAAAUGAAAUCAAUGAAAUCUCCACCUCAGCCACGCACGAAGCUGCUCUUGAAAAGCUGCUGUUUAAGAUCAUCGACCUUUGGAAGACGACCCCUUUGCACUUGGUCCUUCAUCACACGGAGACGGACGAGAUCCUCAUCAUUUCGUCUCUGGAUGACUUGCUGGCCCAGUUGGAGGAGUCUCAGGUCAUGCUCGCCACCGUGAAAGGGUCCUCGUAUAGCGAGCCCAUUAAGGGUCUUGUGGAUAAAUGGGAUCAAAAGUUGACUCUCUUCUCGUACACCUUGGAGGAGUGGGUGAACUGUCAAAGAUCUUGGCUUUACCUUGAACCAGUCUUCAAUUCUUUGGAGGUAAAAAGGCAGCUCCCAGCAGAAUCGGAACUCUUCUCUCAGGUGAUGGACAUGUGGAAGGAGAUCAUGUUAAAAAUCCAAAACAAGCUGAACGCGUUGGGAAUAGCCAUCUCCACGGGCGUCCUUGGGAUCCUGAGAAACUGUAACGUCUCUCUCGAACGUAUAAAGAAAAGUCUGGAGGACUACCUUGAAGUUAAAAGGAUGAUUUUCCCAAGAUUCUACUUCCUUAGCAACGAGGAACUUCUCGCGAUCCUGGCGGGGAGCAGCGACCCCGAGUCUGUCCAGCCCCACCUGGUGAAAUGCUUUGAGAACAUCAAGCAGCUGCUGAUCUGGAAGCAGGAAGUCGGCCCUCCCACCGUGAUAAUGCUCAUCUCCAACGAAGGGGAAGCCCUGUUGCUGCCCAAGAAAAUUCGUGUAAGAAGUGCUGUAGAACAGUGGCUGGAAAAUGUAGAGAAGAGCAUGUUUGAUGUGCUAAAAAAAGAGAGAGAGACUUGGUUAAUUAUUUUACCUUUUCAGAGCCAGAUCAUAUUUUACAACGAUUGCACCAAAAGUUUCGUGAGUUCUGAUCCGAGAGAAGGGCUGGAAAAGGCCCACGCGGAUCUGAUACAGCACUUAGAGCAGAUCGCAGAGCUGGUGGUGCUGGACACGAGCAACGCGCGGACGAAAGUGGUCCUGGGGGCAUUGAUCACCCUCUACGUUCACUGCAAAGACAUAGUGAGCGAUUUACUGCUUAAAAAUAUCUUCAACGCCGAGGAUUUCGAGUGGACAAGACAUCUGCAGUAUAAAUGGAACGAAAAACAGAUGUUGUGCUACGUCUCCCAAGGCGAUGCCAGGUUCACCUACGGUUACGAGUACUUGGGCUGCACGCCGAGGCUGGUCAUCACGCCUCUCACCAACAGAUGCUGGCUGGCUCUCACCGGGGCGCUGCACCUGAACAUGGGGGGCUGCCCCUCGGGCCCGAACGGCACGGGAAAAACGGAGAGUGUCAAAGAUCUGGCCAAAUCCUUAGGUAAACACUGUGUGGUCUUCAACUGCUUUGAGGAUCUGGAUUAUAAGAUAAUGGGAAGAUUCUUCUUCGGACUAGUUCAGUCAGGAGCGUGGUUUUGUUUCGAUGAAUUCAAUCAGAUUGAUGUGGAAAUCCAUUCCGUGAUUGCCUCCCUGAUCCAAACAAUUAAGGCGGCUAAAGAUAGCUACUCCGUCAGGUUUGAACUGGAAGGAAAGAAGAUUCGUAUCAACCUGUCGUGUGCAGUGUUUAUCACCGUGAAUUACGGGAACAAGGGUCACGUGGGUCUCCCCAAUACCUUAAAGUCCCUCUUCCGCCCGGUGGCCAUGGUGGUGCCCCACUACGAAAUGAUCGCCGAGAUCAGCCUGUUGGCGGUCGGCUUCCAGUCUGCAAAGUCGCUGUCCAGGAAGCUGGUGAACCUGUACGGACUGGCCAGCACGCAGCUCUCCCAGCAGAAAGUAGUAGCUCUUGCGACACAGUUGUUGGGCUUACAGCAAUGGCCAGCUCAGAAGGAGAAAAUCAUACAGUUUCAUAACCAGCUGCAGGCUUGUGUUGGUGUGAUGUUAGUGGGCCCAACAGGUGGAGGAAAGACGACGGUCAGAAGAAUUUUAGAAAGGGCGUUAACACUUUUACCCAUCGAAGAGUUAAUUCUACGGACUGAACUAACGAACUCCAUUUCACAGGUAAAUAGAAGAAAGGGAAAAGUGGAUACUUGGGUUUUAAAUCCCAAGUGUGUCACGGUUAGUGAACUAUAUGGACAACUGGAUCCUAAUACCAUGGAAUGGACCGAUGGAUUGUUAUCAGCAAUCAUUCGAUACUACGUAUAUUAUAACAGUAUAAGCUCUUCAAAGAAAGAUAGCGACCUUGUACUAAAAUCAAGAAUCUCGGAUUUAGCUAAUGAUCCUGUUGAUCUGGGAUGGGAGCCUUACGUGAAGUCGUGGCUUGCGAAAACGUCUAAAAUUAUGAGUCCCUCAGGAGUGGAUUGUCUUGAGUUCUUGAUUAAAAAUAGCGUCAAAGAUGGGCUACAGUUUAUAGAGAAACAUCAGAAAUUUCAGCCAUUUCCUGUCCAGAACAUCGCAAUCAUUACAACGCUCUGCAGAAUUCUGGACGCCUUCUUUGAAUUCAUGGGUAAAAAUGGAGGCUUUGGACAAUGUGAAGAUUCGAAGAACAUUGCAACUGAGAGAAGUUCUCAGCAUUUAAAAGUUCCUGUCAAAUUCAAGAAGGUGGAAAAGAGGUCAGUUGCCUGCAUUCAGCAGACGUGUUUUAGCAUGACCCUCCCAACUGGCGAGUCGUCUGUCUUUGGGUAUUUUGUGGAUUUACAGCAGUGCGAGUUCAUCCGCUGGUCAGAACUGCUUCCCAACGUCCAGACACUAAUUCAAAGAGGAACCUCAAUCCUCGCGGAUCCGCAAGGCCCCGGGGAAAGCAUCCUGAAGAUCACGGAAUUCGGGGAGACCGUGAACCACACCGCCUCCCGGGACACCACCUGCCUGUCCUUCCUCAUCAGCCUCCUCCUGAAGAGCUUCUGCCCUGUCCUUCUCACAGGAGACUUUGGUAUUGGGAAAACCAGUGCCAUUAAACAGAUGCUUGCAAAGUUGGAGGGCUCAGGAGGAUUCGAUGUGAAAUAUGAGUCAAUUUUAGGAGAAGUCCUACUAUAUAACGAAAUUAAAAAGUUAAGGUACCUGAGGCAGAACAUCAGCGCCUUGCUUUCCGAGUCUUAUAGGACAGCAGCUGGCAGUCAAGGUAUGUGUUUACAGGAGCUUCAAACCCUUCCUCUCUCGAUUGUAAUAUUCAUUGACGACCUGAAUAUGCCGGAAGCAGAUAAGUACGGAGCACAGCCACCCCUGGAACUGAUCAGGCAAUUACUGGACUUGGGAGGAGUUUUUGAUACGGAAAAAAUUGCGUGGAAGAAUAUUCAAGAUCUCUCCCUCGUGGCAGCUUGCAUGCCUCCCGUGGGAAGGGGGGACAUCAGCCCACGCCUCCUCAAACACUUCUCCGUCCUCGUGUUGCCUCAUCCUCCACAGAGCGCCCUGCGGACUAUUUUCCAGGUCCAUUUGGGAAUGUAUUUCUCCAUCCAUAACUUCACACCUGAAGUUCAGAAAAGUAAGGAUCACAUAAUAUCUUGUUCUCUCGCUAUAUACUAUCAAGUAUGUCAGAAUAUGCUGACGACGCCAACGAAGUGCCACUACCUGUUUAAUCUCCGGGAUAUAUUUAAGCUCCUCCUGGGGCUGCUGCAGGCUGACAGGGCUGUCGUCGACUCCAAGGAGAUGGCCGCCCUGUUCUUCGUCCACGAAGCCGCCCGGGUGUUUCACGAUCGCCUGGUCGAGCACGCGGAGAAGUGGCUCUUCUACCAGUUUCUCUCGAAGGAGCUGGAGAACUACUUCCAGAUUGGCAUAGACGGAUGCGGGAAGGAAACCUGUACCAUCUUGGCCUGCUACUUGACAGACCACAAACCCUACCACGUGCCCGUGUCUCAGAACUAUUCCUACGUGGAAUUCAAAGAGGACUGUAAGAAGGUGUUUGUCCAGGCGGGAUUAGAAGGGACCCCCACCGCUCUGGUAUUGGCUAAUUUAAGCCUAGAUCAGGAGGCCUUCCUGGAGGAUUUGAACAGCAUCGUCAGUUUGGGGGAAGUCCCUGACAUAUUCGAAAAGGAGGAGCUGGACUCGCUCGCCCUGAGGAUCAGGUCUCUGGCCGAAAAGACGGGCUACGUUGACAACAGGCAGGCUGUCCUGUCCUUCUUCCAGAAGAGAAUACGUAAAAAUUUGCAUAUUUUUAUGAUCGUGAGUCCCACAGGACCUAACUUCCGCCAAAACUGCCGCGUAUAUGCCUCUAUGAUUAGCUCCUGCACGAUCGACUGGUACGAGAGGUGGCCGGAAGAGGCGCUCCUGGUUGUAGCCAACUCUUUCUUGAGAAAAAAUGUGGAUUUAGAGAACAGAGAGAACUUAACGGAAAAACUUGCCCCAGCGUGUGUCCAAAUCCACCAAAGCGUAAAAGACUUGAACACAAAAUACUUCCAGAAAACCGGGAGGCGUUAUUACGUGACCCCCCGAAGCUACCUGCGAUUCAUGGACACAUUUGCACACAUUUUGAGGUCACGCGAGAAAGAAUUGCGAACGAAGAGGGAUCGCUUGUACAUGGGCCUGUCCAAGAUCCUGGAGGCCAGGGCUCUGGUGACAGACUUGCAGGAGGAGCUCCUCGUUAUCACCCCGCAGAUAGAACAGAAGACAAAGGAAAAAGAAAACUUAAUGGAAAAACUACAGAAGGAUUCCCAGGUAGUUGAGAAAGUCCAGAUGCUCGUUAAACAGGAUGAAGAAAUCAUGGCAGAAGAAGUCAGGAUUGUGGAAGAGCACGCUCAGACAACUGCCAAUGAACUGAAAAGCGUCAUGCCGGCUCUGGAAAGGGCCACCCUGGCUCUCCACGCCCUGGAUAAAGCCGACAUCUCCGAGUUGAGAGUCUACACGCGCCCCCCUAACCUGGUCCUGACCGUCAUGAAUGCGGUGUGCAUCCUCCUGCAGAAGAAACCCAACUGGACUACGGCCAAGCUGCUGCUCUCGGAGACUGGCUUCCUGAAAAAACUGGUUCAGAUCGACAAGGACCGAUUACCCGAGAAGGUGUUCAUGAAGCUGAAGAAGUUUUUAACCUUACCCGACUUCCACCCCAAAAAGAUCGCCCACGUGUCUGUCGCCUGCUGCUCUAUGUGCGAGUGGAUCAUAGCUCUGAACAACUACCACAACGUUCGGAAGGUGGUGGGCCCGAAAGAGAUCCAAGUCGCUGAAGCCCAGAACGUUCUAAAAAUUGCGCAACAAAGGUUGGCAGAAAAACAAAGAGGUUUGCAGCUGGUUGAAGAACAUUUGCAGGUUUUGCACGCAGCCUACAGAGACAUCGUUGCCGAGAAAGAAGUACUAGCAGGUCGCAGACAGCUCGCCAUGAGGCGCAUGUACUGUGCGUCUGUGCUACUCACCGCCCUGGGAGAUGAGAAGACUCGAUGGCAAGAAACAAUUGAUCAGAUAGACAGCAAGUUGGAAGGGAUUGUGGGCGACAUCCUGAUUUCAGCAGCGUGCAUUGUCUACAGCGGAGUCUUAACAGCAGAAUUCCGCGAGCUGAUUGUGAAUAAGUGGGAGAAUCUUUGCACUAAAAACAACAUUUCUUUGUCUUCUGACUUUUCUUUAAUUGAAGUCAUGGCACAAACACAGCAGCUCCGCCAGUGGCAUCAGCAGGGGCUGCCUCUUGGUCAGUAUUCGACGGAGAACGCCAUCCUGAUCCAGAACGGCCUGCCGUGGCCUCUGCUGAUUGACCCCCACGAGCAAGCGUAUCACUGGAUCCGCCAGAUGGAAGGGCCGCGGCUGCAGGAGUGCUCCAUCCGGGACAGCGAUUACAUCAGGACAAUUGAAAAAGCUAUGCAGACAGGAGGGAGCGUCCUCCUGCAGGAUCUCCCUGAAACCUUGCCUCCAAGUCUGAAGGCGAUUUUGAAGAAGGACAUCUACCAGAGAAGAGGCCAUUCCUUCAUCCGGGUCAAUGACUCUGAGAUUGAAUAUAAUUCCAAGUUUAGGUUAUACUUAUCUACAGAAAUAGACAACCCGCACUUUCCUCCCGCCGUCUACAACUCCGUCAGUGUGAUCAACUUCACCGUGACCUUCCAGGGUUUGCAAGAUCAGCUCCUGUCCACCAUCGUCACUCACGAAGUCCCUCACCUGGAGAACCAGCGCUUCCAGUUGCUGGAGAGCAUUUCCCUGGAUGCGACGACGCUGGAAGAACUGGAGGAAAAAACGCUGAAUUUGCUGGAGAACACACAAGGAUGUGUCCUAGAUAACGAGGAAAUCAUAGACACCUUGAGAAAAUCCAAGAUUACUUCCAAUGAAAUCUCCAAGCGCAUCAGCGAGACAGAAAAAGCAGAAAGUGAAAUCCAGGCAACGCGUAAAAACUACCUCCCCAUCGCGACCCGGGGGGCCCUGCUCUACUUCGUCGUGGCCAGUCUCACCCAGAUCAAUCACAUGUACCAGUUCUCCCUGGACUGGUUCCGCCAGGUUUUCCUCUCGUCGGUCGUUUCCAAAAGCAAAGAGCAGGAAGAACACGGGUUGAAAAGGGAGAAAGUCCCUCCCAAGAAAGUUCACGAACUUGUAAGUCUCUCCAAAGAACCCAAGUUGAAACUGGAGAAACCUCCCUUAGAGAAGCAUCUUAAAAACUCAGUCGAUGUGCUGACCAUGAAUAUAUUUAAGGUGGUCUCUGCAGCUCUCUUCAACCAGCAUAAACUCUGCUUCGCCUUCCUGCUUUGCACCGCAAUCAUGAAGAAUAACGCCAGCGAGAGUCCCCCCGAGGACGGCAUCGGGUCCCUCCCAGAGGAGGAGUGGAACAUCUUCCUCUACUCGAGCAUCUUGAUAAACACCAAAGGGGUGAUGCCGCACCCUCGUCUUGAUCGCCUGUAUGAAAUGGACAGAAGCAGGCACCUGCGCUGGGUCUCGCACGCCAGGUGGAAGCAGUGCCGGUACCUCAGCCGUCAACUGGAAGCCUUCUCUUCCCUGUGCCGGUCCCUGCUGUUCAACGUGUCCCAGUGGAGCGCCUUCCAAGCCAGCACGGCCCUGUACCUUCUGCUGGGCACACCUUUCUCUGCAGAAAGGGACUCCCCGGAUGAAAGUGAGAAAUCGCCGGAGGAAACUGAACUUCUGAAUGAACAUGAAGAAUUACAUCGUCCUGUAAAUUUCCCCUGGGAGAAACUCACUCCGUUUCAAAGACUUAUUUUGAUAAAAAUUCUCAGACCGGAGCGUUUGAAGAACUCGGUGAGAAAGUUUCUGACUGAAAAAAUAGGAAGUGAGUAUAUUCACAGAACCGGAAUUAACCUGAAAGAAUCCUAUAAAGACUCCAACGCCAGGACUCCAAUGAUACUCAUUCACUCGCAAGGGGUGGACGUCAUCAAUACGCUCCUGAAAUUCGCCCAGGAGUUGAAAGGAACCACCCAGCAUGUGACCAUGAUUUCUCUGGGCCAAGGCCGGGCAGCGAAAGCGGAAGACCUCAUCGCGGACGCCCUCGCCAAAGCCGGGCAGUGGGUCUUCCUGCAGAACUGCCACCUCGCCGCGUCCUUCAUGCCCCGGCUCUGCACCAUCGUGGACUCACUCAGUAACCCAAACGUGACGGUGGACCCCAAGUUCCGGCUGUGGCUAAGCUCAGAAUCGGACAGCUCUUUGCCAGUUCCCCUUCUUCAGAAGAGUUUAAAGAUCGCCGUGGAGAUGCCCAUGGGGCUGAAGAGUAAUUUACUGAAGACGCUUGGACACGACGGCAGUGGAGAGGUGACGGAAGAAAUAUUUGAAAAACCCACCUGCGGCCCCUGGUGGAAAAAGCUCUUGUUCAGUUUAUGCUUCUUCAACGCUCUGAUCAACGAGAGAAGGAAAUACGGAAUGCUGGGCUGGAACAUCGGCUAUGAAUUUAAUCCCUCAGACUUCGAGGUGGCCGUGAAGAUGCUGGAAAACACCCUGACCGCCCAGCCGGCCGUGCCGUGGCAGAAGCUGCACUUCCUGCUCGGGGAGGUGGUGUACGGGGGCCAGGUGACCGACCCCUGGGACCAGCGCUGCCUCAACACCCUGCUCUACAGGUUCUGUAACCCUGACGUGCUGACAUGCGACUUCAGCUUCUUCAGUGAGGAGGUGAGAAAGGAAGUUAUUGUCUUACUAGAGGCCUGGUGCACGGAAUUCGUGCCCUCGGGGUGGGGUCCCUCGGCCUGGCCUAGCUGCCGGGAGGCGCAGGCCCAGAGCUUCAUGGACAACCUGGUGGCCCUGCAGCCAAGGAUGGGGCAGCCCAGCCUGGUCAUCAGCCGGGAGCCCAGCAGCGACGAUCUGGUGAUGGAGAUGGUGACGAAUAUGCAGAAGCGGCUGCCCAUGACGGUGGAGAAGGAGGAGAGGAGGGGCGCCCAGAGCACCCUGCGGAGCAUCAUGGCGGGCUCCGUGUGGGAGGCUCUGAAUAAAGGCCUCGAAGGCUACGACCCCCUCAUCCACUGUGUCUUGCUGUCCUUUUUGAAGCAAGAAAUCGAACGCUUUGAUAAGCUGCUGCUUGUCAUACAUGAAUCCUUGAAAGACCUUCAGCUCGCUAUCAAAGGAAAGAUCGUCCUCACCCCGGAGCUGGAGGAGAUAUACAACUCUUUCCUCAAAGCCAGAGUGCCGGCGCUGUGGCAGAAACACGCCUACAAGUCGUGCAAGCCCCUGGCUUCCUGGGUUAACAACCUCAUCCAGCGACUGAAUUUCUUCAACACCUGGGCCAAGAUGGCUUACACGGCGAUCUACCACCGGUAUAUGAGGUUUACCUUGGCCUGGAAGCACUCUAGCACCAGCCCCAAACUUGAAAAGAAUUUCUUUGAAGGGUUUCCUGCAAGAUACUGGCUCCCAGCUUUCUUCUUUCCACAAGCCUUCCUUACCGCUGUGCUGCAGGACUACGGGAGGGCCCACGGCAUCUCUACGGACGCCCUCACCUUUACCCACCAGGUGAUCCCCAGCACCAUUGGCUCCAAAGAGGAGGAGUUCUCCAUCAUGGUCCAGAAGACGCUCAACCUGGUCAGGAGAGCCUUCAAGAGCACGGACCCCUCACACAUCGGGGCUCACAUUUUUGGAUUAUUCAUCGAGGGAGCAAGGUGGAAUCCCGAAGAGAAAAUACUAGAGGACUCGCUGCCUCGCGAGAUAUGCUGCGAUUUCCCGGAAAUCUACUUCCUGCCAACCAAGGUUUCCCCCGAGACGCCAGCCGCUGCUAACCCGCCGGAGUCGGAAGGCCACACCUUCGAGUGCCCAGUUUAUCAGACGCCUCAGCGGUCGUCCACUUCCAUAACGACCGGCUCCCCUUCCAGCUUAACGUCGGUGUUCUUGCCCACAAGGAGACCUCCCAGUCACUGGAUCACCAUGCAGGUCGCCCUGCUGUGUGAGAAGAAUGAGAAAUAAACUCCGUCCCACACCAGGUAAAUGUGGACUCUGACCAGGUGUACCUGUUCCAGGCCGUGCGCGUGUAGCAGUGAAAAGUUACCCGAGUAGAAACGUGUGCAGGCAGACGCUCUUUCUCCCUCGUGGCUAGGGGUCCCCUGUGGUCCAGGAGCGUCCCAAACAAAAAGGGAAAGAUGUCUGGGGCAUGUAAUCUAAGGACGCCCGUUCCGGUCUCAGUGAUCCCAGAGUUACACGCAAAGGAAGGAAAACCAAGGCUCCGGGUCCUAUCUCUUUAUUUCCAACAUUUCCAACUUAAAACACAAGAAGCAAAAGGCAGCGGAUAUGAGGCGCUUUCUCAUGACGGGGAGAGAAGUCCGUGUCCUUCCUCCGUCGCCAGGGGGAAGCACAGUGUCUGUAGACUACAGGGCGCUACGCAAACCCACCUCUGCGCACGGCCCUGAACUGAAGCACAGGCUGCAGUGCGGAUAACGCGCAGACCCACGUGGCCCACGUCAAAUCCAUCCUUCAACUCAACAUCUGCACUGCACUUACUAGAUGCCUGCAUGUUUAAGGUACUGAGAACUGAAAUUCAAAUACAGAAGUUUAGUGGAUUUGCUUUCCCUACAGAACAAUUAAUAAUGAGACUAUUAACUAGAAUUUAACAGCUAAAGCUACCUGAGGCACAUCUAUUAGACUAAGAGAGAAAGGAUUUUAAACUAUUCCCUUGCAUUGUUUUUAGCUGAAUACCACACUCCCUCACAGGCAGCAGAGUUUUGGAAUAUAAAGAAUGUACAAAAUACAGUAUAAACUGCAUGAGCUCAGCAGUAGCAAAAACACAGCUUAAAAAAGUCAAAAACAUAUAAAAAUAUUAGCCUGAAAUGGCAAGUCUUCAACCUCCAAUCUGUGUAAAAAUGUUUAAAUAGGGAUGUUACUCCAAAAAUAUAUA